AUGGAUCCUCGGACCAGUGAGCAAAAAUCCUUUGCCAGGCGCACAGAUUCGCUCACCCGUUACACCGACAAAGAAAAUGCAACAACGAGCAAACUCAUUCGGCGGCGUGCCUUCCCCACUGUGGCACUUCUUGGGUUGCUCGCCCUUAUGACCUCGUCCUCUCUGGGCAUCACAAUCAGCGUUCUCGUCACUCGAUUCGGUCUCAAGACGGGCCCAGCGGGUCCCGAGAGCCUCGCCGCCCGUAUUCUCUUGUUCGGCGCCAGCUGCAUGAGCGUGUCCUACGUUAUUCUGCAUGUCUAUGCCUCUCGAGAGGAGUAUGUUCGAAGCAAGGGCAACCCUCAGAUAAACGGGUAUCUGGCAGCGGCGGUAGCAAUAGUGCUGUUACGGCUGAUCGUGCCAGUCUGGGUUGGGGCAGUCGCACUGAAUGUGAUUGUCACAGCUGAGACGGGUUUCGAUCCAGUGGGGGGUCUGAAAGGCAACGUGGUGUGGAUACAGUUGGGCAUUUGCUCAGCAGCCUUAUUAUCCACGAUCGUCAUCCUGGCGGUGAUCGAGACCACGAACCAACCAUUUGCAACGUCAGGUUUCUCCAAAAGAACGUUCAUUCAGGGCACAGGCGAGCUACGAGAUGGAAGAAGCACAUUUGAUCUCAGUGUCUCGAGGCAGGGUCACCGUGAAAUCACUGAGAACACUAAGAAUGUCAAGUUUUCAGACCGAGAGGGCCAGGAUCUUGAGCGCUCAUUCGACAGGUCCAGGAUCAGCACGCCAGAGUCGCCCGACGCGGAGGCGCAGAUUGCUAAGGAGCCUUUUACAAACCGUCCAGACAAGUCACAGAAAUGGACGAUGCUUCGACAAGAUCACCUGCGGAUUCAGCUCGUUCCCACACCACUCGACUCUGUCUUUGCGUCGCAAGACAUUCCAUCCGAACUCCAGGUUCCUUCCUGGAGAGAUGAGGCUUAUUUCGCUUGGCGUCCACCUGCAAGGGCCGCCUCGAUUUACGCAAGGCAGGACCAAAGGAUGUCAACAAGAUCCAGUCUCAGCUACCACACUUUCAAACAGGAUGAGUCUACAGAGACCGAGGAGCGAGUAUCAAGGACGAUAGAAGCAUCAACACUCGACCAGCGUCCGCUUUCGUACCAGCGUCCGCUUUCGCGCUCUUUGAAGUCGCAGCAGGAGCCGCUUGUUGUCCCAAUAACACCACCUGCAGUCCCUCCAGAAACCACAGAAAUGCAGUCGACCCUAGCUCUGGAAGUACCACUGCAAAGUCCAAAGUUCGCUGCCAGCCCUGCACCCCCGAGCCGUGCAGAUGUACUCGCGCAAUUAUCUAAGCGCGCAGCGGCUCGACGGCGGAACUCACUGCUAAUGCGACAAGCUCAUAUGCUUGCUCAAACAUCAGCCGAGGCGAUCCCAGUCAAGUUCCAAGACCAGGACCAGACUCCUACGACCCAACAAUCCACAUCAGCUCUGGCCCCCGCCUCUGAGGUCUCACUGAACGCUCAGGUGACGGAUAAAGGCGAGAAGGAGACACAGGUGUCGCAAGUGGUACCCGAAGACAGCAACAAAGACACUGCCGGGCUUGCAAGAAACUUCUCUCGACCUCGGGUGCGCCCUAUUGACGGCGAUGUCAGACCAGUCAGCUCAGAUACCAAGAAGAGUGGAGUUGAUGAGACCUCAACCCAAGAGCGGAUGCGAGGCCGGGCUCGCAGCGCUACGAGACGACCUACCGAGGGAGAGCGUGAGCGCACUAUCCCAUUGUCUCUGCGUCCCCAUUCAAAUGGGGGGAGAGCCGAUGGUGCGACUACGAAAAUUGGCAUACGACACGAGAACGACAGGCCAGGUUCACGGAACUAUCAGAGACCGACAGCGAGGGUCCAGGAACCACGUCGUGCUCUACUUCUUCCUAAUAGUGAUGUCAAGUUAAAAGGAUUGGGGCAAGGAUCUAAUAGAAGGUUACAUGAUAGAAUUACAAUGUGGCGGGAUGGUCUCCAGGUCCAGGACCAGGAGACUGGAGAACAACCAGGUCCAUCAAUUUCUGAUGAUGGUAUAAGUUAG